AUGCUCUCAGUUGCCCAAAGAGGAAAUAAUUUCCCAGAUAAAGCAGAACCUCGGGCCAUGGAAAGGCCCAUCCUGUACAAACUGAAACUCGGACACAGUCAGCAGACCGUGCCUACGGUCGGGUUCAACGUCGAGACGAUCAAAUACAGAAACCUCGUGAUGAAUACGUGGGACGUGGGCGGCCAGGAGCGCAUCCGGGCGCUCUGGCGACACUAUUUCUCCGGCACGGACGCGUUAAUUUUCGUGAUCGACUCUGCCGAUAGAUCCAGGCUGGAGGAGGCGAAAAAGGAGCUCUACAAGGUGAUCAGCGACAGAGAGCUGACGGGGUGUCUGUUGUGCGUGCUCGCAAACAAGCAGGACAAGCCCGGCAAGAUGGAGCAGGCGGAGCUGGUGAAGUUUUUGGAGCUGGAAUCCAUCAAGAACCACAACUGGUGUAUUAUUCCGACCGUGGCCACCGACGGCACGGGGCUGAACCAGGUGCUGAACUGGAUCCAGCACAACUUGAAUUGA